ACAAACUUGGCGGUCAUUUCUGAAUCUUUGCUCUUGUUUUACUGCCGCCGUCGUCAAAAUGGUGCGCCGAAUUGCUUCACAGGUGCACAAGCAGGCCGCGCGGCUCAUGCGCGCGAAUUACAUCAAGAACGAGCCUGUGUGGUUUCAAGCAGUUCUCGAACAUCCUCCCCUUCCUCUUCCUCCAAGAGCUCCCCCAGUCCGUGAAGACUGUCGGUUGUCGUUCAGUAGAAAAAUGCGGAAACCAAAGACUGAACCGUUACCUAUAUUCUACUUGGAGGACAAAGUUCGUCGGCAAUUCUUCCGCGACCAUCCAUUUGAGGCAUUCAGGCCUGUUAGCAUUGUUGAAGGUCGCGAAGUAGAGGAUGAGCAUCCAGUACGAGGAACAGAUUGGACACGGCUAGCACAAAGAGGACUCAACCCUUCCCCGGAAGACACUGUUCAUUUUGCUGUUAACCUGCACACCCACCACAAAAUGGCUCUUAGCAUUGCGUACACACGCGCUGUUGCAGAGUUUAGAUCACUACGAGCUGGGCACGAUUUUGCGAACACCUUUGCUCGAAUGGAGGCUGAAGCUUAUGGCACUGUCUUCCCAUCUGAAAUUGACCGGACGUUCGAGAAGGAAGAUGCAGUUUACCAAUCGGCAGACCGCAAGGUUGAGCUUGACAGGGGUGCUCUUCUCGCUCGCAAGAGGUGGAAGGCCAUCUUGGAUGUGGACAGCGGGAUGGGAGAUUUUGACAGAGGACAACAAUAUACCAGGAGUUGGAAGCAAGGUAUCCGUCCGACCUACCUUCCGGCAGAUGAACUGGCGGCUGCAUCAGAAACUGGGAAGCCUGUGCAGUCCAUGGAGCGGGAUUAUGUCGCCGCGAGUCAAGAGUUUGCUAAAAUACUAAGCUCAAACCCAUAGCAUAGAGAUUAUUACCUUGCAAUUCUCAGCC